AUGGACAUGCCAUAUUCUUCAGAAGGAACCAAAUGGAAAGCAUACCAAUUCAGCGAUCCAUUUGCUGCAAAAUCGUUUUUCGUUUGCAAUAAGAUUAACAAGUUCUUCUGUCGACCAGAUUGUGAUGCGAGACCUAUCACUAACUUAAAGUCGGAGAUUAAGUUUGUGAACCUGGUGUCAGAAGCUAUUAAUUACGGGUAUAUUGCGUGUGAUAGUUGUGAUCCGUUAUCGGUCCCACUGAUCGACGUGGACUUGUUGGUUGACUGCGUGGCAUCAAUCAACAAGCAAAUUGGGUUCUUACCCCCUUUAUUGGACGAGGACGAGGAAAGAAAUAAUGAAAAAAUUAAAGAGAAUAUUAUAGAGUCUAAAAAAACUAAUGAAGAGCAGAUUAUGCAGGCAAUAGGAGGCAGAAGAUCAUCGGUUCCAGUGAUUAACUUUGAGGGUAAGUACUCCAAGGACUUCGAAAACACAUCUUUAUCGAAAAACGACUUUGACCAUUAUAGAUUGGUGGACUUGGCAUGCAGACAUUUAGCAUUGGCCGCUGCCAGUAAUAUUUUUCAACCACAAGGCUCCAAAAGAUCGAGAUCGGUUGAAAGUAGUCCAUCUAGUUCUUCGAACAGCAAGAAAAGAAGAAGAAGAGGUGGUGUACUCGGGUUCAAAGAGUUAGCCGCAAAGUCCAAACUUUCAGCUUGGCACUUUCACAGGGUCUUCAAAUCAGUUACAGGUUUGACCCCUAAAACAUAUGGAGAUAAGUGUUGGGAGUAUAUCAAAAACUACUUGAACUCGAGCGAGUAUACUUCUAAUAAACAGGCAGAAACCCAACAAUCACAGUUGAAUGGAUAUCAAACUCCUAUUCCUAAUUCCAGCGAAUCUGCAUCAUCUAUACCAGCAUCUCCGAACGAAUUACCAUCCAAUAAGAGGAUUAAAUUGGAACCGGCCCAAGAAGUUAAAUUCGAAAUAUCAUCUCCACCACAAAACGAAGAGACUUUAUUCAAAGAUAGAUUAGUGUUACCAAACCAAGUUCCGAUGGACACCUCUAACUCUAGAAUGUCUACAAUGAACAUGAUACCCUCACCAAUGGAUGGAGAUGUUAAUAUCAAUAAGAUGAAUCCGAUGAAAUAUUCUGUUCCUCAACAAGCUACAUUUGACAUCAAUGUCAACCAACCUAUAACUGACAAUAAUUUUAAUAUGUUCAAUGAAAAUUUAAAUAACACUCAAGAUUUAAACCAAGAUUUUUCAUCUACAACAAGGGCAUUUUCAGCCCCAGACUUAUCCCAGUAUAACCCAAGACCAACUACAUUGUUCAGUCAUUUAAGAUCGAAUGAAAGAACACCAGAAGAGAGUUACAGCUCCAAUAGAUCAUCACAAUCACCUAUUUUGAACGAUAAUAUCCCUACUAUUGACGAAAUAGUGCCUGCUAACCAAUAUAUGAAGGAACCUGAGGGUGCACAAGAUGUACUAAAUGAUGUGCCUGAGCUUAAUACCUUAUUAUAUGACUCAGGAGUUAAUAGCUUGAAUCCUUUAAAUGAUGAAGGUAAUCUUGAGUUGAACUUGAACAACAAUUAUUUUGACCAGAAUCAAAACACUUUCAAUUUAGGAUUCUCAUCAGAUUUGUUAUCCACCAAUAAUGACAACUUUUAG